AUGUCAACACCAGUAGAUUGUUAUUAUAAAUACUAUUCAUUAUCUGGGGAACAACCAAAAGUAAUUGUCUGGAAGGCCAAUGCAGUACAGGAUUCAGAUUUACUUGAAUUACCAAUGGAUCCAAAAGGAUACCGGUAUUCCCAUAUAGUUGUUGAUGUUUCAACUCAGGAUUUGGAUGGAAAUCCACUCAAAAGUAAAGAUGCUGAAACAGUUCUAGAUUCAUUCAAAAGGAUCUAUCAACGAGUUCAUGUAAAAUUUCCUACUUUCAGAUUAAAUACCGAUACUGGAAAGGAAUUUGAUAAUUCUUUAGUCCGAAAUUAUUUCAGAAAAGAGGUUAAGGUGCUAAUGAAAUUUGGAUUUCCUGGAAAACAUAGACAGCAAUGCUUUCAUAUGGCUAUUACUUGUAAUGGAAAGGACUUCUUUAUCCCUAUAAUUCCAUCAAAAAAUGAAUACAAAAAAGUAAACUCGCCAGUAUUGGAAGCAUUAUAUAAUUAG